CUCUUAUCAAUUAGAACAUCAAUUAGGACAACAAUUAGGAUAUUCAGACUGCGGAAUCACUAGCAGGCCCAAGAUGUCAAGCAAGACCUCGGCAUUCGCGGAUCUUUUACAGUCAUCUUUAAGCUCUCGGACAAUUUAUCUUAAAUGUAUCCCAGUCCCGGUCAACUUCUUGGAGCGUCGCGGUGUUUUGCGCGCCGUCCAAAAAAUUACACACGAAACUGUCGAGACAUUCAAGAAGCUCGAAGAUAAUUCUUCGUUCGUCGUCGUCACCAGCAAACCAGGCACUGCCACUGCCCUCGUUAACGAUUCCCCCUUCGUGCGUGUCAUCAUUGACCAAGAUCCGAACGCUGCCUCUUCGUCUUCCUCCUCGUCCUCUUCGUGGGGGGCCGAAUACGACAUACGGGGAACAAUAACUACUCCAGUUAAUCCUCAUGCGCCCUCUAAGUUAUUAACAAGGGCAACACCGGCCUUGUCUGAUCUGGGCGUCUCGUAUAAAGUCUUUACCCUACAUAUGUUCGCUGCGAACAAAACGUACAAUCAUAAGGAGGCAAUUAGGAAGAACCCUCUCCACGGGCCAUGGCCAUUCCAUAAUGCUAGAGAAACCUUUGUGUCAGCCGCCUUGCAUCGGUCUAUACCCUCAGGUCCCAUGGCUCCAGCGUUGCGGGACUGGCACACUGCCAAUCAAUUAUCGCGCGAUUCAGUCAGUUUUGCAGAUGAGGGUGCUGAGGGAGCAGCAUCUGUCCUUCUCGGGAAAAAACGUCCAUCUUCAAAGGAGGUAUUUUUCGAUCCAUCUUCUAACACGGUCAAUCCGUCUAGGAAGUGGGGUGACCUAUUAACUAAUUCCAACCUUAGAACGAAUGCCGACUCCUUGCUCGGUGAAUCACCCGGUGAUGUUCCCUCAGACCAAGAGAAUCCAUUUGUCAGUGAAGAUAAAGUCAACUGAGACACGAUUUGCAAGAAGCAUAUAUUUCAACUUGACCUACCUUAGGCAUCUUGAAUCUAGUUAAACUUAGACAA